AUGACACUACCAACUGCAGCUGUCAUUUUGUUCUUCCUGCCUUUAAAGCAUCGAUCUGGAGAUUACAUCGAGAAGAUGAGAAAAAUUGACUACGUUGGUAUACUGCUAAACGUAGCAUCUACUUUGCUGCUCCUGAUACCUUUGUCCGGUGGCGGUGUCCAGUAUGCCUGGUCAUCGCCUUUCUUCCUCGGUGCUACAGCCACUGGCGCAGUAUUAGCCGUUCUUUUCGUGCUGUACGAGUGGAAACUGGUAGCCCUUCCAAUCAUGCCGCUUCGCCUGUUCCGGGCUCCUCAUUGCUGGUCGCUCUACUGCCAGUCCUUCUUGACCGGUCUCGCCUAUUUUGGAAAUUUCUUUUAUCUCCCAAUCUACUUCCAAUCAAUACUACGUUACACCCCUCUGGUUUCAGGUGCGUUGAUCUUGCCGGUCAUCAUCACCACUUCAGUUACGUCGAUUGCAUCUGGUCAGUGGAUGGCACGUAUAGGCAGCUACAUGCCUUGUAUCCUUGUCGGGUUUGCACUCUGGACUCUGGGAAGUGGGCUCACAUUGCUUUUUGACAGAGGGACCGGCCUUGCGGUGCUGGUAGUGGUCCUCAUCGUGGAGGGUGCUGGCAUUGGUCUCACACUUCAGCCAACCCUCGUUGGCAUUUACGCGAAUAGCCGCACCGACGACCGCGCCGUCGCAACGGGAUUACGCAAUUUUCUUCGAACUAUAGGCGGCGCCUUCGGCUUGGUCGUAUCUGGAGUGAUCCUUUCGAACACUCUGAGUCGGAACUUGAGCGGCGAGACCUUUGUAUCUGACGGUCUGAUUGCAGACCUCACAUCCUCGACAUAUGCUCUGGAUGCGCUGGACCUUACCCGGGAUCAACAGAACUUAGUUCUCGAUGUUUACAUGCUGGGAUUACAUUAUGUUUUUGUAUUCUUCACGGCGUGCUCUGGCCUUAGCUUAGUUCUCACUAUAUGGGUCGGUAACACCAGUCUCAAAGCGCCCAAGAAGGCUGAGGACGAAGAAGCUGCAUCUGACAAGAUCGAUGAAAUGGCAUGCCAAGACCACGUCGCACCAGAUUCGAAUGUCGCUACAAGUAGCAAAGAUGUGAAGGAAACGAAGGGGCAAAAACGAGAGAAGAGCCCUGCCAUAUAA